CCCUGCCGUCUUCCGCCAAACCGUUCCAACCUCGCAAUUUUCACCGCUGAGAGUUGGCCACGCGAGCACCUCAACCCACGUCACUACCGCUCGGCUUCCCUAGCUAUAAACAACGAACGAUACAUCAUGUCGUCCGCGGCCAUGUCCAAGAAGAAGCAGGGAAAGAAGGUUGCGGAUCCGAACGAGACCUCGAAGCUCCUGGCCGCCAAGAUCUCACAGUUGGAGCAAGAUGCUGCCGGGGAGAAGGAUCAAGAAGCAGAGAUUGAGCGCGAGGUCAAGAAGGCUACAAGAGACCUCAAUCAACUCCUCAAUAAUAUCGAAUCCCCGAUGACGCGGCUCGAGACUGUGCACAAGAAAUACACCGAGCUGCUGGCCGAUAUGAAAAAACUGGAUCGUGAUUACGCCAAAAGCAAGAAGCGGGCCGACCAACUCCAGAAGGAUCAGGACAAGGGCAAAUCGGAACUGAACAAGACGGUCACCAUGAAAGACAAACUCGAGAAGUUGUGCAGAGAGCUCACAAAAGAGAAUAAAAAGGUGAAGGACGAAAACAAGAAGCUCGAAGAAACUGAGAAGAAAGCACGGCUGAUCGUCAACGAACGCCUCGAUUCGCUUCUGUACGAUAUUCAAGACGUCAUGGCUGCCAAAGGAAAUCCUCGCAACGAGAAGGUGGAUAUCGACUUGGACGAAGCUCUGCGUGCGAAAAUAAAGACGAUCGGCGAGAAGUUCGAAAUGCGUGAACUACACUACAAGGCGUUGUUGCGUAGCAAGGAUGCAGAGAUACAGUGUCUUACCGCCAAGUUUGAGGAACAACGGCGAGCGGCGGAGAAUGAAGCCUCCCGCUGUCGGGCAUUGAGUACUCAAGUUUCGACAUUCUCCCACACCGAGGCGGAGUUGCGCAGUCAGCUGAACAUCUACGUCGAAAAGUUCAAGCAGGUGGAGGAUACGCUGAACAACAGCAACGAGCUUUUCCUCACAUUCCGCAAAGAGAUGGAAGAGAUGUCCAAGAAAACUAAACGGCUAGAAAAGGAAAACCUUACUCUCACACGCAAGCACGACCAGACGAAUCGGAACAUAUUGGAGAUGGCCGAAGAGCGCACACGAAAUCAUGAAGAACUCGAGAAAUGGCGGAAGAAAAGCCACCACCUCGAAGCGCUCUGCCGACGAAUGCAAGCCCAAGGGCGCGGGCAAGGUCUUGCGGCGGAUCUGGAAGGCGAUGACGAGGGUACGGAGAGCGAGUAUGACGAGGACUAUGAAGACGAAGAAGACGAUGAGGGAAUCAGCGACGACGAGUACGAACUGGAAAGCCGGGAUGGCGACAUGAACGGAGACCGAAGUGUCGCUCAGCAGCCCGAGAAGCCUGUGUUCGGACCCCCUCCGCCACCUAAUCUACUGGAAGCGCGAGCCAACGGAAACAAGGCGAUGAUCAACGGAUGUCACUAAUACCUUUCUUUCCACGCAGAAGUUGUUUUCGAAUAUGGUCUUUUGGGCUUGUUCUUGAUAUCAAAUGGCAGAGGGAUUUCCUGGCGGCACUGACGCCACUGCCGUCUGUUUGAGGGUCAGUGAUGGGGCUGAUGACCUGGAGGUCAUACAUCCUUCAAGGGCUGAGAUUGGCCAAAACAAGUCAAUGCUUCCUACGCCCUCGAGAAUGUUUACCUCUUGGUGCAAAGCUUGGAGUCAUACCAGGUGUUG